GUAACAGAGAGAAAGAGAGCGAGAGAGAUCCAAGGACAGACGGCACUGAGGGGAGGGGAAAUAACACACUCUCAGUCACACCUACCCCUCAGCCUCACUCAGCCUCUGUAAGAGAGACAGAACAGAUCUUGACAUUGUGAGGAAGAUGCAUAUCUACAUCAGAGGAACAUCCAGGACAGGACAAUAGCACCUAAAUCUGCUGAGACAAAUACAUGCCAAGGACUACAAUCAGCAAGCAGCGAGCCCAGAGGGAAGGACAUUUCAGAAAGGGCAACACAGGGUGGAAGAGGCAACAUUUGCAGGUUUAUUUUGUUGCUUAAAAAGGACCUAAAGAGCAAUCCCUAAUAAGCUGCCUUGGAUAUCCAGUGUGUCUCUGUCCGCAGAGAGCUCCCAGUGCUGCUGCUGCUGCUGCUGCUGCUGUGAGGUUAUAGUCUCCGAGAAAGACUGCUUUACAGUCCAGAGACCAUGAGUGAGGCGAAGAAAGGUGAGCUAGCCAUCCGGGAUAAAGCCAUCCUGCACCAGCAGAGGCGUCUCAAGCAGGCCACGCAGUUCACGCACAAGGACUCGGCUGACCUCCUGCCCCUGGACGGGCUGAAGAGACUGGGCACAUCCAAAGACUUGCAACCUCACAGCAUCGUCCAGCGCCGUCUGCUGGAAGGAAACAUCACGCGGCUGCGAGGGGAGGCCCGGGACCCCAACGCCAGGGUUCGCUCCCCGCUGGCCGACACCAAGGACGGACCCGCUGACACCGAGGAGAGGAGCGAGAGCACUGCAGACGACUCCACAGAGGAGAGGGAGUCUCUGGAGGAGAGCGAGAGGAGCUUACGAUCGGACGAAGAGGACGACAGCAGCGAAGCCGGAGCCAGACAGACAGCUGAGAAGAGCGAGGGCACGGACAGCUCGACCCUCCUCACAGCUCUGGUUGUUCAAUGCAAGUGCUGCGAGACUGAAGUCAAGGCAUCCAUCAACACCAGCAGCCAACAUAACCACAUCUCCAGCUCCUGCUGCCAGAGGCUGGGACUGGUACCCGGUCAGGACAGUUCACCCUGCGGUGGGAGCAGCUCAGUGACGGGUCUGCAGCUGCAGCUGGGCCGACAGACGGUCCAGUGUUCAGCCUAUGUCAAAGAGGAUGAGGCGUUUGAGCUGUGCCUGGGUCUUCAGACUCUGUUGGAACUUAACUGCUGCCUGGACCUGAGCAAUCGGGUCCUGAAGCUGGAGGGCUGCGGCGAGGAGCUGCCCUUCCUGAACCCUUCGACCGACAGCCACUGCCAACACGACACCAACGAGAACCUGUGAGCCCAACUCGACGGCGGCAACCACUCCCUCGAGUCUCAACCGGUUGCAGCAACGUGGCGCAGUGCCAUUUGUGUCUGGACGAGUCCGAUCACAGUGUCUCUCACACACUGCCAGAACAUGGAUGAGCAUCGGCCACCGUCGUUCUUGAGUUUACAUCAUUGUGUUUGUAGAAUUAAGACACUCACCAUGAUUAUCUUAUAUUAAAAUUAGUCUAGUUUACAGAGCGGGUGAAACCGAUCCGAUCUCUGAGAGUCUAAUCAUUCUUUAUGAUUAUAUUGUAUAUUAAAACCAACUUCUCUGCUUGGGUACACUGAUGAUCGUUAAAAGGGAAAACCAUUAUAAUCAAUAAAGUGAACUUUAGUGGAAUAUUUUGUGAUUUGGCUGAACGAAAAUGACUUUAAAUCAGCAAGUAAAUAAAAGUGUUCACUGUAAAUCACUGUAGACGAUCUUAAAGGAAAAGUUUAACAUUUUGGGAUAGUUCUUACCAAGUGAAAUGAGAAGAUAUCACACUCAUGACUGUGCAGUAAAUACGAGGGAGUCCCUAAGAAUCUGUUUUUUCACCCGGGGCCGGUGCCUUACAUCCUGCUUCACACAGAGCGUUGUGUGCUUCAUGCACAUUUUCGUUGGCUGACUUUUUGGAUAAAUUAGCAAAACCAUAGCUGAAAAAGUUCUUUAUCCACUGAAUAUUCGCCUUAACCCGAAAAUUAAACCAACAGAAAACCUCAUGCCUAUUGCUUUGUUUCCACUCCCGUAUGUAACUGGUGCCCGCAGAUUCAUUAAUAUACGGAUGAUGCCUCUAGUGUCCAACGCAAGGAAGUGCAUUUCUUUACAGAUGGAUAGAAACCUGAUAGAAACUACCUGUAGCCAUGAGGGAGAAGCUAAUUAUGUCCGUUUUUAGCCAUCCAGUAGUUUGGAAUAUGAGCUUGGAACAUUACUGGGACAAAAACAAGAGCAAUUUUGUAUGGCAACAAAUAUUUACUUUACUUAUUAUAUUUACUGUGCAGACGUGAGAGUUAUCAAUCUUCUCAACCUAAUCUCGUCAAGAAUGUGAAAAUGUUUCUUUCCCAAAAUGUCAAACUAUUCCUUUCAGAAUCAACAUGACUUAACUAUAAAGUGUCGGUACUCAGGAUCCCCUUUCCUAGUGUGUAAGAGGAACAUUUGAGAAGUUUUCUGUGUAAUUAGGCUUGGAUCAGGCUACCUCUUUUAGAGACAAGGAUGGGUUCUCAUCUAGAAUUUUAAAAAGAGAUCUGAGGAAAACACCACCUUUUCUGAUGUACUUAUAUUCAGCUUUGUAAAGCCCCUUUGCUCUUUUUUUCCCCAUCAAAAGACUGAUGUGGUGAAGUUUUCCAGGAGCACAUUUCCAGUCUGUCAUGACAGCCUAGACUCAAUUACAGUAGUUCCCUAUAAAUCCCUCCUGAUAAAAAUAGACGUCAGGCCAGCCAGCAAAACAUAUUUGACUCAGCUACAGAAAUAUCAAAAACAUUCCAUCUGCAUGACUUUGUAAAGUUCUGCCUUUGUAUAAGUCUGCAUGUUUGUGUACUAGUCUGAUUGUGUCUGAAGGGGCUGUAUGUGUGUGUUUACGUGUGUAUGCGUGCAUCAGGAGUCGAAGCAGGGUUUUUCACGCCUUGUUUUGGGCUUGUGUUUCACAUGGGGAAAAAGUGGAAUUCAUCCUAUCUUCCCCCCGAACUGAUCCGCCGAGCUCCGGUCUGAACAAGCUGCCAAAAGCCGACCCCAGCUGCCUUCCCUCUCUGCCUCUUUCAGGAGAUUUUCAUCACUCGGCUGAGGCUGUGCUCUGUGCCAAGGCCACUCUUCAAACUCAUCAACCUCUCUAUUCAGAAGACCGGUCUUCUUUGUGUAUUUACCACUUUUUUUUGGCUGAUGUUAUUAACUUUGACGCCUCAUGUUUGUCACAAGAGAAGAACUCCCCACUACAUUGUCACCUGCCUCUCUCGUCUCUCAGUGUUUUCAUAGUUUGGAGAAGCAAGAACUGCCUCAGAUCAUGCUGUGCUUUAACAACACCUGAGCCGUGCCGUGCUUUUGACUGUGCUACAAUAUCCAUCAAACCUCUUCAUGGACAACCGAGUUGCCAGAACAAAUUUUGACACAGUACAUUUCUACAAACCAUGGAUAUGUUACAUUUGUACAUUUCAUGUGUAGCGAAUAUGUUAAAACAUGAACGUUUAAAUUUUCAAUUUCAUGUUUAGACAGUGCUGUGGUUAUCAUGAACUUUACACACAAAACAACUUUGUUAGUGUGAGGAAAACAUCAUUAAAAUAUCUAUCUGUUUUUGUCGCUAUAAACACAUCCCAGAUUCUUGUUAAAAAGGACCCACUCUUGUCAUUACAAACAUGGCUGGAAAUGUUCUGAACUAUCAUUUAGAAGUACUCACUUUUGUCACUGCAAACACAGCUGGACAAGCCCCGAGUUGUGGUAAAAAAAAAUAGCCGCUUUUGUUGCUACAAACACGUCUGGACAUGCCAUGUUGUUAAAAAAUACCCAAUUUUGUUGCUACAAAGCCAGCUGAAAAUGCCCCGAACGCUCAUUAAAAAAUACCAGGUUUUGUCACUGCAAACACGGCUGGACAUGUCCCAACUUGUUAAAAACUACCUGCUUUUUUUUGUUGCUAAGAACAGGGCUGGAAAUGUCCCGACCUGUUGUUAAAAAAAUAUCGGCCUUUGUCAGUAUGUCCCGACAUGUCAUUAAAAAUACCCAAUUUUGUCGCUACAAGCAUGACUGGACAAGCCCCGACCUGUGGUUAAAAAAUACCCACUUUAAUCACUACAAAUACAGCUGGAAAUGUGCCAACAUGUCAUUAAGAAAGACACACUUUUGUCGCUACAAACACAGCUAGAAAUGUUCCUAACUCUUGUUAAAAAUACCCACUUCUGUUGUUACAGACUGGGCUGGACAAACCCCAACCUGAAGCUAAAAAUACCCUCUUUUGUUGCUACAAACCCAGCUGAAAAUGCCCCAAACUCUCAUUAAAAAAUACCAGCUUUUGUCACUGCAAACACAACUGGACAUGCCCCAACCUGUUGUUAAUAACUACCUGCUUUUACAGCUACAAACAGGGCUGGAAAUGACCCAACCUGUCAUUAAAAAAUAAUUGCAGGUGGAAAUGGUCAGACAAAAAUACUGGCUUUUUUUUCCACUGCAAACACGGCUGGACAUGUCCCAACUCGUUAAAAACUACCUGCUUUUUUUUUUUGCUACAAACACAGCUAAAAAUGUUCCUAACUCCUAACUUAAAAAUAUCCAGUUUUGUCGCUACAAACAUGGCUGGACAAGCCCUGACCUGUGGUUAAAAAAUACCCACUUUAAUCACUACAGAUACAGCUGGAAAUGUGCCAACGUGUCAUUAAGAAAAUACCAGCCUUUGUCGCUAGAUACAUGACUGAAAAAUGUCCUGACAAGUCAUUAAAAAAGGGAACUGCCCAUUAUUCCGACAUCCCAUUAUUCCGACAUCCCAUUGUUCGGACCACAUUAAACCCAUUGUUCCAAAGUCCCGUUGUUCCGAAAUCAUCAUGAUGCCCUGUGGUUAAGGUCUGGUUAGGUUUAGGCACAAAAACCACUUGGUUAGGGUCAGGAAAAGAUCAUGGUGUGGGUUAAAAUGAAAAAGAAAGUGACAAACACAUAAGCUGUGAGCCUGCUUCGCCUCAAGCCUUUCCCAGCUGACCCAGAGCCGGUCGCGGCGCACCAUCAAGGCAGAAAUAUGCCCGCCGGUAGCCGUUGAGCACUGCGGACCAUCGGACUAAUGGGAUGUUGGACCAAUGGGCUGUCGGACCAAUGACAUGGACCAAUAAAAAAUACCCAAUUUUGUCACUACAAACACAGAUAGAAAUGUUCCUAACUGUUGUUAAAAAUAUCCAGUUUUGUUGCUACAGACUGGACAAGCCCCGACCUGUGGUUAAAAAAUACCCACUUUAAUCGCAUACAUACACAGCUGGAAAUGUGCCAACCUAUCGUUAAAAAAGGAAGCUGGAAAUGUUCUGACAAAAAAUACCUGCUUUUGUUGUAUGCUAGUCUCAAACAGUGGUCUGCUUCUUGCCAGCCGUCUCACUGAGGUGUCACACCAUCCACCAUCCCCUCCCCUCUCCUCCUGAUGAGAAACAGAGCUCAUACACAUCUUAUCUCAACUACGUCAUAUACAUGAAUCAUACAAUUGUAGCAUAUCCUUGGUUUGCAGAAACGUAUAAUGACAACAUUUUAUUCUGGUGACUGGGUUGUCACGGAGGUCAUCAUUGCAUAGAUUGGCAAUGUUUGUUUCUCUUUGAUGUACUAGUGACCUUCCUACACCGUACGAGAGGAUUCAAUGUAUGACAGAAAUUUAUUUUUGGUGUUUCUCUUCUUCUGAACAGUAUUUUCUCUGCCUAAUAAAAAUACGUAUUCUGGCUAGCUCUGUUUAUAUUCAU